CUCCUCGGUCGGACCGGUUCGUCGCCUAAAAAGUGAAGCUCGUUUUGCUGAAGCCCGUUCAGGUCUCUCGCGUGCCAAUUCCGCGCGGAUUCCUUCGUCUGUCACCUACACUCGGUCGAGAAAGGUUGGCAUCGCUUGGUGGGUCGACGAUCGGUUGUGUUAGCGCUCUGUUUUCGACGGUCGGCCAGCAGUCAGUUGAGCCCCCUUCCGGUACUACUAUCUUGGAGCUGGAGUCAACCUAAUUUUGUGCGUGCAUGCCCUGAUUGUAAAAGAACUGGGCCUGGGACAGCUCGUUGUGCGCUCCCUGCACACCCUCGGGAGAGGAUUCAGAGGUGCAAUUACGGUGUCAUCCAGCACCAGAAAGAAUGAAAAUUAGGUACGAACGAGCGAUCGGAGCAGCAGCAGCAGCAGCAACAGCGGUGGCAAUCGGCUUCAGCUCCAGCUACAGCAGCAGCUACUACGGCUUCGGAAGCAACCGCGCGGUGGACGGUGGAAGAUGCUCUCAUGGCAUUUCUUAACGUGCGUGAUUGGAAUCCUACUUUGCAACGGUGGCGGCACUGGUCGACUUCUAACAAUAGCUAAUGCAAACGUCAUUCACAAUGUAUUGGGACUUCCAUCAACCUGCGUCCAUCAGAACGUGGUUCGCCAAUGUCGGCUAUCAUUCUCCUGCUGGCUCGAAGGUGGCCGCCAUGUGGCCGGCUGCGGCGAAAACCGGUGGCUUUUAUCCUGCUGCGUCAAGGACAAUGAUAUUGAAUCUUCAUCAUCGAUGAUCAAUUCCAAGCUGGCAUUCGCGGCUCCAAUGCGUCCCUCCACGGCAUUGAUUCCAAUGGGACCAAUUUCGAUGGGUCCUAUUAAGCCCCGUUUUCCUGUACUAGCGACCCCUAAGAAAAGUAGUUUCUUCCGCAGACGAUCCGAUCAGAUGGGUUUUAUGACUGAAUGCGGAAUUGCCCGUACUCCUCAAAACACCCUACAGAAACGGAUCAUCGGUGGACGAACUGCCAAUUUCGCUGAAUAUCCCUGGCAGGCCCACAUCCGAAUAGCGGAAUAUCAAUGUGGCGGGGUGCUGGUCUCCCGGAUGUUUGUGGCGACUGCUGCCCACUGCAUUCAGCAAGCCCGAUUGAAGGACAUCACAAUCUAUCUAGGCGAGUUGGACACUCAGAACUCAGGAAAGAUCGCCGAGCCUCUACCAGCGGAGAAACACCGGGCUGAGGUUAAGAUUGUUCACCCCAAAUUUCUAUUCCGAAUGACCCAACCAGAUCGGUACGAUUUGGCGCUGCUGAAGUUAACGAGACCAGCUGGAUACAAGACACACAUCCUGCCGAUUUGUUUGCCGACGAAACCGUUGGAACUAAUUGGUAGAAAAGGUAUCAUUGCCGGAUGGGGCAAGACAGAGGCCAACAUGGGCCAAACUGGGACGAACAUUCUUCGCACGGCAGCGGUUCCAAUCAUAAGUACAAAAGAUUGUCUUCAGUGGCAUAAAAGCAAGCACAUCAGUGUUGAGUUGUACAAUGAAAUGUUUUGCGCGGGGCAUUCGGAUGGCCAUCAAGAUGCCUGUCUCGGCGACUCCGGGGGUCCACUGAUCAUUAACGACCGAGGACGAUUUACACUGAUCGGUAUCACUAGUGCCGGAUUCGGUUGCGGCGUAGAUCAUCAACCAGGAAUCUACCAUAAUAUACAGAAAACUGUCAAAUGGAUUCAAAACGUGAUUUUAACUGAGAGCUGACCUGGUUGACACCUAGUGGUGCUUUGUUCUGUUCAGCAUGCAGCAAUUAACAGUAUUUUUUGUAUUUUUUACGACAGCAUAUUGGUAGCGCAUCGGCACCAAUCUAUUUUAUUCCAGCAAAUUUUACUACUACAUUAAAACGGUACCAUCGUGACAAGCUAAAUGUGAUUAUCUAUUUUAAAAUACAGCGUUCAAAUUAUAUACAUUUUUUCCGGGAUCAAUAGUAAAAUAAGGGGUCGGAUUCAACACGGAACAUGCACCGAUUUUCUGUUUCCAACCAUCCUUGUCUGUACUUUUAGAUUGAUCUUUUAGCCGGUAAGACUUAGUAAAUUUAUCUAUUAAGCUCUAUUAGUGAGAUAUUUAUUCAACUGGAGCAUAUAACAUGACAAUUCAGACGUAUAAACGUUCUGGUGCUUAAACACA